GGAUUGCGGUUAUUAGGUAAAAAUUUAAAGCUCAACAUAUAGUAUAUAUAUGUAAUUUUAUAUUUUAUUGAAUAUGUGUGUAUAUAAUGUGUGUAUAUUAGUGUGUGUAUAGUUUAGAAAUAAAAAUUUUAAAAUUAAAUUAGUGUGGGAAAUAAUUUUUUUUUGAGAUAAUAGUGUGAGAUAUAAUUGAUUAUAUAUAUAUGUAUGUAUAAUUUAGUAACUAAGUAACUUGUUACUAUUUUUAAUAACUAGUUAUAAGUAAUGAAAUAAUUAUUUUUGCAAUUUCGUUGUAUUUGUUUAUAUUGUAGGUUCGGUAUAAUUUUGUGUGUAGUGUAUUUGAGCUUGCAUUGAUAGGUAUAUACUUUAACUAACUUUUUCUUAUUAUAUAAUUAAUUAUCAAUGCAUGUUAGUUGAGUUUGAAUAUCUUAAAUAUUCAUCCGUAGUGAAGUAGGUUCUGCGAAUACAUGUACUGCGGUCGGAUGGGUGGAUAAAUUUUGUAUUGGUUAUCUGUUUUGUUUGUUAUUUUAGGCACUUUUAAAAUUUUUGGGAACGUCCAAUUACAGCCGUUGUGCUGCCGAAAUUUCGGUAGAAUUAGGAUAAAUCUUACUAAAAAAAUAUUAAUAUUUACAUCACCCAAAGAACUAAUUAGCUAUAACAUAGUAAUAAGAUGUUAGGUCACUAAAAAAUAAUCUAACCAUUUGUUAUGUUAGCUUACUAAUCUAGUGAAAAUGGUGACCUUAAUUUUAAAAUUUCUUUCAAAAUUGGAAUCAAACAUGCCCAAAAAUUCAUCUUUGCCAUAACUAAUAAAAAAAAUAAAAAUAAAUCCCAAUAUCAUUUCAAUCAUCUUCUUUUUGGGUAUAAUUGAUGACCAUUGUAAUGAUUAGCUACAUGGUCCACAACAUGUUUAACACUUUACUAAAAUCACAAUCCUUAAGCUAAAAGUCAUUCAUCAUUACACAUAAUAAUAGUAAUAAAAAAAAAGUUACUUAAUUAUGGAAGAAGAAUACAAAUGCAAUAACAGAUAAAAAUAAUAAAAGUAAAUUAAAGCAAAAAACACAUUUCUUAUGCUUAAAUCAUUGAUUCAUUGUUCUGUUAACCUAAAAUAGAAACCCAAAGAAAUCGAACGAGACUUACUUCCAUUAACAUACUCCAACUCGGGAAUGACUUGAUAUAUAGCUUACUUUAUAUUGUGGUUGUGAAUGCUCCUAAAUCAUUAACAUAUUGUUUAUGCUUUUAAUAUUUCAUAUACACUACUUGUUAUAUAUAUAGCUAACUUUGAAGUUUGUUUGUUAAUGGUGUAGACAUGGCGAACUCGGAAUCAGGAUCUGAUUCGGGAGCAGAAAAUGAGUGUCCAACCACAAUACCUACACGAGGGCCGACGCAAAUGAAUGAAAUAUCCAAACUAAUGGAUCAGGGCAAAAGAGUGGCCCUCGAAGUUAAUGAUAAAGGUCAAUACUGUGGAAAAAGCUACGCGAAGCUCGUAUCCACUCUGGGAGUCAGAUGUCGGCAGACAAUAGGGUUGGCUUAUAAAAAUUGGAAAGAAGUCAACCAGACUCUGAAAAAUAAAGUUUGGAAAGACAUUCAGACGGGGUUCAUUGUGCCGGACACCUUCAAACAUGAUUGUCUCAUCCUAGCUGGGAAGUUAAUGAAAGACUUCAAGAAUAGGAUGACAAAAGACAUCAUAAUGCCCGCGUUGAAAGAGAAUGAUCUGGGACGACUGGCACAAGUCCCUGAAAAGCACCCGGAGAUCGACGCUGCUGAUUGGUGCAAAUUUGUUGAAAGUCGACUAACUCCUGAAUUUCUGGAAUUGAGUAAGGUGCAACGUGAACGUUCCUCAAAAAUUCAAUCCAGACAUCGAAGUGGUCGGAGUGGAAUGGUGAACGUACGGGAAGCUGUGAAAAAGGACCUCGAAGUUGCAGAUCCUCCCCGCCACCGUGUUUGGAUUAAAUCUCGCACCAAGAGUAGAAAACUUGUCACUGAUUACGACAAGGAAAUUGCCGAGAAGAUAGCUCAAUUAGAGGAGAAGCUUAGUCAGGGACAAAUUCAGGUGCAGGGCCAAAACGAUAUCCUCACGCAAUCGCUCGGGACACCAGAGCAUCCUGGACGUGUCAGGGCUGCUGGGUUCCUGACCAGGGCAUCUCAACUGUUCGGCAGGAAGAAAAGGGAAGUGUCUGAUGUUGUGGCUCGGCAAGCGAAGGAGAUUGAACAAUUAAAAGCCGAAGUCCAAUCCCUUAAGCAGCAGAGGAACGCUGCCGAACAAGAGGAAGAAGGAGAGGUGGCUGGUGAGGCGUAUGUUCCACAACCAUACGCUCCUCAGGAUGAGGUACAACCACAAAUUUAUGCUGAGGAGUUCAUUUCCCUCAACGACCAAGGUAUCCUAUACAAUUUUGAUGACCAUGCGGCCCUUAAUCAGCAAGUACAUCUCUGCUCUGACAACAUCGACAAUAUUGUGGCCCGAGGGUAUUUGUACGAGCAUGUGGGUAAGAUCAAAGUUCACUGCCAGGAUUACGAUGAUUCACAUGCUCGGAUCAUGGUUUCGGAAAUCCUGCAAGAGGACGCUGAAAUCCCAGUCCCAAUUGAAGAGUUCAGAUAUGUUAGGGACGUGUACCAGAUGUUCCUUCCUUGGCCUAAACACUUAAUUUUAACAACCGAGGGUCCACUCGCUCAACCGCCCUCAAGACGUGAUGCGUCAAAGGGGAAAGCUCCGAUGCUUUCUCCACAAAGCCGUGGUGCACGGGAAGAUGAGUUGUUCACGGAAGAGAAGAUGGCGUUGAUCCCUAAUUCGCUAAAAUGGAUGAUUCAUGAAUUCCUAAGGCUCAAAGAUAAACGUGAUAUAAUCACAAUUUCUGUCCCCCGAGGAUUCAUUGCACCGCGUACCCAGAUCAUUUUAUCUGGAGAGGAUUUGCAGCAGGUUGCUACGUGUAACUACAUCGGCAACCAGGGAAUGCUGUUUGGAAUGAUGCACAUAUGGGAGAGCAUCAACGGUCUGAGAAAAAUUUUCAAGUUUUACGACCCAGAGCUUCUCACAGUGCAUGGGAUCAGCGAUGAAGAACAGAGUCAGUCUUUUGACGAUGCGGCAAGACGAUUGGCUAAUUGGUUAUCAUUAAUGAACAACAACCACCAAAUGUUCUUUAUUCCUUGGAAUAUCGGGAUGCAUUGGACGCUAGUGGUGGUUGCGCCAAGGAAAAUUAUCCAUUUAAACCCUGUAAAAGGCCGCCCAAUUCCCGAAGAAAUAGAACAAAUGAUCGGAAGGGCAUUCAUGUAUAUAGGGGACGCACAUCAGUAUCUUGGCCCGUGGCAAGGAAUUUCACAAGCAAACUGUCCAAGACAACCUAAAAGCCAAGAAUGCGGUUUUUAUGUUUUGAAAUAUAUCACUGACAUCGUCGCACGUGCCAACCCCAACCGUUACAUACAAGAUCAAAAAGCUUUUGGGGGUAAGAAGCAAUACGAUCCAAAAACAGAAUUGUUACCACUACAGCGAAAGUGGAUCGAACAAUUGAUGGCGGUGAUUCACGGUGACGAUUGAGGUUCAAAGGUCGAAGAAUUUUUCUUCAUUAUGUAAUUUUUAUAGAUUAACUUGUAAUUAGAUUUAUUAACUUAUUAAUAUUUUUAACUAAUUUUACAUGUUUGUGUAAUAUUUAAUUAUUUUUAUGAAAUCAAAUUAUGUUUUUACCCAAAUUUAAUUACUAUUUAAUUUAAAAUGUAAUUAAUAUAUAAUUAAAUUAAAUAAAUAUGUAAUUUAAAAUUUAAAUAAAUAUGUAAUUUAAAUUAAAUAUAAUAAUAUAUAAAUUAAUAAAUAUAAAAUUAAAAUUAUAUAAUUAAAUUAAAAAAAAUGAAAAAAACUGAAAUCUGCUCACUUUUGGCGUCGGUUCCUACAACCCCUAUGGCGUCGGUUAUUGGCUAGGAACCGACGCCAUAUAUACCCCUAUGGCGUCGGUUCCUAGCCAAUAACCGAC